AAUAAAAAAGUGACAGCAGUUCCUGAAAAAUUGGAAAAUGUAAUCAAAGAGGUGUUCUUUCUUCAGAGUAAGAUUGAUUUAAUACCAAAAGGAGCAUUUUCCAAAAACCCUCAACUAGAGAAAGUGGAAUUUCUUGGUAUAUCCACAGUCACAAUAGAAAAUGGUGCAUUUGAAGGUUUAGAAAAUCUUAUUACUAUUGAGAUUUCAGGAACCAAUGUGACAUCACUGCCUGUUGGAGUUUUUAAAGAUCUUACCAACCUUCAAAGUUUGAUUUUGAGAUUAAACAAACUUCAGAAGAUAGAGAAAGGCCUUUUUGAUGAUGCAAAAAAGCUUGAAAAACUCCAGCUACAUAUUAAUGAUAUUUCGUUAGUUGAAGAGGAAACAUUUGAUAAUUUGGUGAAUCUCCAGGAGCUCCAUCUUGCCAAGAACAAGCUUACUUCUAUCUCAGCAUCUCUUUUUUCAAAGCUCAAAAAAUUGCAAGUAUUUAGACUAUAUGAAAAUGAGUUGACAUCUAUGCCUGAUGGAAUUUUUGAUAAUCUCCAGAAUCUAAAGGAAAUAGCCAUUCAGGGCAACAGAAUUACAUACAUACAACCAAAUUUGUUUCCACAUAAAAACAAAUUGGCAAAACUACUUCUGGACAAUAAUCUCUUGACUGAACUGCCACCUGAGCUUUUUCUGGAUUUUUCUGCUCUCAAAUCUUUAACUUUGCAUCAUAAUCAGCUGACCAGUCUCCCCUCUGUCCUUUUUGGAGACAUGCUGAAAAUAACUGAAUUAGAUCUAAAGCACAAUAAUCUUACAUACUUACCUGUGGGGGUUUUUGGCCCACUGAAGAAGCUUAAGAAAUUAGACCUGUCCUCCAAUCAGUUUUCAAACCUCUCUGGAAAAUAUUUUGAGGGUCUUGAGCAACUCUCUAACCUUAAUCUUCAGAAAAAUACAAUUGAGUCACUAACCUCAGUGGAUUUGGCACAACUACAGUCUCUUUCAACUCUCAAUCUGGCUAAUAAUUUCCUGACAACUCUUCCAGGAGAUGUCUUCCGUAACCUGCCCAAACUCAGUAAAGUGCAUUUGAACAAUAAUCCCUGGCAUUGUGACUGCAACCUUCUACCAUUCUACAAUUGGAUACAAGACAAUAAGGAAAAGAUAUCAUCUUCCUCUCCAGCGAUCUGUGAGCACCCUGAGAGUCUGAAAAAACAAUCUAUCCUUUCUUUAGAAGCAGAUCAAUUUAUAUGCCCCACAACUGUCAUUACCACUGCACUUACUAUUAAUACUCCUAAAAUAAUUUCAACAUUACCAACUACAUUACCAACAACUCUAGCAACACCAACAGCAGCCUUGAUAACAACUACAGUGCUCUCAACCACUACAACAAUGGCUAGAAGUUUAAAAACCACUGUUACUUCAACAACUCAGAUUACCACACAGUCACCAACAACUAAAGCCAAUCCACUUAUUACUUAUACUCCUAUAAUCACUACUACAGUACUCUACACUACUACAGCAACAACACCAACCACUACACCUACUCUGACAAUCUCUUCCACAGUGAUGCCAACUACAGUUGCAACUCCUAGAGCAACAACUACUAUACUCUUUACUACAACCAGCAUCACCACGAGGAAAGCAACAUUAAUCUCCGCCACAGGUAGAGCUUUUAUCUGUACGGAGUUCACCUACCUUCAGAAUCCAGCCUACAGUCUCUCCUCCUCCUCCUGGGAUGACAGAGCCAAAUCAUUCAAAGUGUUGAUGAUUUCCUAUGCCAUAAUGUUGCUGCUGGAGAUCUGCUGUACAGUGGUGCUGGCUAAGUUGACAUAUUCCUUAUAUUGUUCUCUCUCAGAGAGAGAAAGACUUUUUACAACAGUCAACCUGAUUCGUUUUUCCUACAAAAAAUCAAUUAUACUGAGACCAGUACAGGAGACUGAGACUGUGGCUCUAUAG